AUGCUGGCCGCGCCGCGACUGGCGCCGACGGCAAUCUUCGGCACAAAAAGCCGCAUUGAAAUCACCCUAAAUAAUCUGCCUGGCCGGUCGGCGCGUUCCUGCAAAGUGGCUGCGGCCGCGGACGAACUUGACCGCUGCGACCCGCUGCUGCGUCGCUGCUGCGCACCUGAGAGCCGCCAGCCGGAGCGGAGCCGGAAGCUGAGCCGCUGGACCGCGACGGGGAGCGCGUGUCCCCCUCCCCUAGCGCCCGCGCAACCCCCUCCCGCGGCGGGCCGGGCGCCUUGGAGGGGAGAGACCACGCCCCGCGCAGCUUCCCCCGCCGCCAGAGCGUCCCGCGCCCGGACCGCCGCCAGUGACCGCCCAGCGCCGCGGCGCUGCUCGCAGGACCCCGUGUCGCCACGCCGCGUCUGCACUGUGCGCCUACGCAGACCGACUGCUGUCACCGUCGCCCCUUCUGCCGGCUGGCCGCUUCCGCCGCCCACCGACUGCUUUCCGAGUGACCACUACCGGUGCCAUGGCAGUUUUGAUAAGCGGCGACCGGCGGAACAACACGACACCGGCUUUUAUUUCUGCCGUUUGCAUGUUUGCCAGCCGUACGUGCGAACAAUCAGUGCUAACGAGAUAGCGCGGCGGGCGGAGAGGGCCCCGAGCAAACGCGGCCUGACGGAUGGAGAUUUAUGGCGCGGCGGCGCAGGCGCGAGCGAGGACGGCGAGCCGGAGUGCGGGGGCGCCGCGGACAGCGGCGGCAGCGCCAGCCCGCCGCUGCUGCUGCCGCCCCCGGAGCUGGAGGUGCGCGGCGCGGGGGCGGGCGUCUGGGCGCGCCAGGCGCUGCCGCGCGGAGCGCGCUACGGGCCCUUCCUGGGCAAGUGGCUGCCGCAGCCCGCCGACCACCGCCUCGCCUGGGAGGUGCGCGUGUGCGGCAGUGAGAUUCGCGGUUUCCUUGACGGGACGUUCGAACUCAAUAACUGGCUAAAGUACGUGCGGUGUGCGCGCAACGACCACGCUCCAAACCUUCGGCCCCUGAUAAUUGCUGGGCAGAUCUUCUACGAGACGACGCAAGAGGUGGGCGCGUACGAGGAGCUGGUGCUGGGCCCGCGCGAGCCGCUGCAGCUGGAGGCUCACGCGUCCCAGCAGCCGGCGCACGCCCACGCGCAGGGCCAGCCGCCGGGCGCGCACCACGGCGAGUCCACCACCUCCGACGACCGCAGCGACCGCGAGACCGAGUCGCAGCACUCGGGGACCGUUGAAGAGGAGCGGGACGACGAUGAGGAGGUAGACGCGCGCUGCGCCGUCUGCUCCAAGGAGUUCCCAGACGCCGAACAACUGGACGAGCACCUGCUGUCGGUGCACGCGUUCCCCGCCGACGAGCAGCACAAGUGCGAGGCGUGCCCCGCCGUCUACGGCAGCCGGCAGGCGCUGUCCAGGCACCACGCGCUGCUACACCGCUGCGCCGACCCUCUGAAGCGCUACCCCUGCGAGAACUGCUCCAAGUCUGACGUACCAGAAGUCUUCUCGGACCCGAGCAACCUCCAGCGCCACAUUCGCAGCCAUCACGUGGGGGCGCGCUCGCACGCCUGCCCCGAGUGCGGCAAGACGUUCGCCACCUCGUCCGGCCUCAAGCAGCACACGCACAUACACUCCAGCGUCAAGCCGUUCCAGUGCGAGGUCUGCCUCAAGGCGUACACGCAGUUCUCGAACCUGUGCCGGCACAAGCGCAUGCACGCCGACUGCCGCAUGCAGAUCAAGUGCGCCAAGUGCGGCGACACCUUCAGCACGGUGACGUCGCUGUCCAAGCACAAGCGCUACUGCGACUCGACGCCGGGGCCCGGACCCGGUGUGGUGGCGGGCGGGGGCGGAGGAGGCGGCGGAGGGGGCGGCGCGGCCCGCGGGCUGCUGCCGCCGCUGUCGGCGCUGCCGGCUCCCUUCCUGCUGUACCCGCCACGGCCCUUCUACGCCCCCGCGCUGCUCGAUGCCGCCGCCGCCGCAGCCGCUGCCUACCCUUCACUCUACACCGCGGCGCCGUCUUUCAUGCACAACUCGCUCAUCUUCCCACCGCACCAGCGUAUUGACAGGGCGGAGGAGGACAGCGGGAGCCGGGCGCUGCAGCAGCAGCAGCAGCUGGAGCAGACGCCGCCGCCGGCGCAGACGCGUCUGUGCGCAGAGGUGUCGCCACCCUCCGCAGACGAGGCGGUGUCGCAGCUGCGGCCGUCGCCCGCGAGGCCACCCCUGGCCGCCACGUACCCCGACCCUCGCGGAGCACUGCCGCAGCCGCGGGCGCGCGAGCUGCAGCUGUCGGAGGACGACGACGCCGAUUCCAACAGCGACGGCCGCUCUCCGCACGACCUGCGCCUCGCACUAGCCGCCUCUUCCCCAGUCUCCGAUGCCGCCGCCCCCGACAGCGAAUCCUCCGCCGGCGAACCGAAGCGCAAGCGCUGCGACCAGCCGCUCGACCUCCGGGUGCAGAAGCGUCGCUACAGUGAAGACAGACCUCCCGGCGCUGACUUCCCCGGCGCCGGUACUUCCUUUCCCGAAGACAGAAGGUCACUCUCUUCCAAUGUCUCUACACCGAGUACCGUCAGUCCUUCGACACCGUCACCUCAGCAUCACCACCUCUCGUCGGAUCGGAGCGACGCUUGGAACGCCAAAGAAACGUCGCAGAAGUCGCCCAGAACGCCGACGCCGCUCUUAGCAGAGAAACGUCGUUCGCCGUCGGCGUCUCCGGCGUCGGGUUUCCAGAGGCAGGAAACCCCGCCGCAGCAGCCGGUGGCAGCUGUACGACCACUGUCACCACCGGUGGAGAAUGCCACGGCGCCUGUGUCGUCUUUGGCUGUCACGCCGACGAACCUGACCAAACUGCCGCCUAUGGCGUACCCGCGGCCACUGCACCCUGUGUACCUGGACGCAUUUUACCGCUCUCCUUCAUUCCCGCCCUUUCAGGCCGCCACACACCACGACCGGCUGCUACCACCGCCUCCACCGCCUCCAGCUGCUUUCGGAAGGACCUUCCCACCGUACCUGAACCCUCUCACUAAUGGUAUCGCAAACGGUCACCAUCAUCCCAUGUUGGCUGGGCGGCAUAACCCGUAUGACAUGCUACGUACCCCGCUGCCGGGAUUCGCGAGCGGUGGGAAGCCGUACCAGGACAUUCUAAGUGGAGGUAGUGCUUUAGGCGCCAGUGGCUGUGGAACGGGCCCUCCUGCUGGCAGUGGGCACAACGGAGGCAGCGGCAGCAGCACAGGCGGACCGGGAUCCGCUCCCAAUGGAGCAACCGGCGGCAAGGUUAAGGAUCGCUACAGUUGUAAAUUCUGUGGCAAGGUGUUCCCUCGAUCUGCCAAUCUGACUCGCCACCUACGCACUCAUACGGGAGAACAGCCGUACAAGUGCAAGUACUGCGAGCGCUCCUUCAGCAUCUCGUCCAACCUGCAGCGGCACGUGCGCAACAUCCACAACAAGGAGAAGCCGUUCAAGUGCCCGCUCUGUGAUCGCUGCUUCGGCCAGCAGACCAACCUCGAUCGCCACCUGAAGAAACACGAGGCAGACGAUGGAAGUGGGGUCGUUGCCGUAGCGGACAGCCCAGACAGUAACGAGAACGAGCGUGAGGACGCCUGUUUCGACGAGAUACGCAGUUUCAUGGGCAAAGUGGCAGCCUACUCGUCACCUCUGCCACUGCCGCCACCUCCUCCAUCGUCGAUGGGAGCUGAAGCUCAUAUGGCCCACCUAUACCACAGCUCUAGUGCUCCUCAACCGUCGCCGGCGCUUGGGUUGCAGCACAUCCCCACUCAGCCACAUCUCUUCGGCCAGCCACAACAACAACAGCAACAACAACAAAUAUCAGCUACAGGCCUGCAGGCAGUGGCAGACUUGGUUAUCAAGCGAGAGCGAGACGUCGAUUCGGAACCGGAGGAUCACUGUGCUGGCGAGUCACCACGAACGUCACCUGACACAGGCAGGAACGAAAUGAAUCGUCAGGAACACUUGCAGGUGCCGCCAUUGGAGCUGCAGACGCCCGUUUCUUUCGAAGUAAAAGUAAAGGCGGAAAAGCCAAUAAAAGAAGAAAUUCCUACAAAUAACAACUGUGCCGAGCAUGACAUCAUCGAAGUGUCCACCUGACAGGGACCGGAAUGACAGUGUCCCAUGUGGGAAAUCUGAAAUCUCAUUGUAUAGUUCCUAAAGGACUGCGUGUUCACGAUUCUGUUGUGACUGAUCGAUCGUCUCUGUCUCAUUACUAAAUAGUUGGACGCAGGGGAAUCCAGUCAAGACUGUAAACAACAGUAAAAAAGCAGCAGUUGUUUCUCCAAGUGAGUGGAUAUUAUGUGAAACUAUGGUUCUCUUCACGUGCAAAUAUCAGAAGAACGAAGUAUUUGUGUAUUUUUUAUGUUCAUUUUCGUACUUAGUACUCCACAAUGUGUGAUAAACAGCCAAAGCCAAAAUCUACUAUUUCUUGUGUGAGAAGUUAUUUAGUCACAGUGUAACUGGAAGAGACGCUACGGUUCUAUAACUGAAAUAUUUCUGAGAGACUUUCAGAUGAAUGCAAGUAGCUACUAAAGAAGCUACAAAAACGUUUUGACAUUUCAUUGCUGUUGGUAUACACACUAGUCCAUGUCUGAUGAUAAACAAUUUAUAUCGACUUAAGUUACCAUCAUACGUAUCAGCAUGUCAAGCCAAGUAAAUCUCUCUCUGUACUAAUAUAAGUCUGUAAAGCUUAAUUUGUUAUGAUUUGUCAGUGAUAUUGUAAUAUUUAUAUGAAAUACAAUUUCAGACUCAAUUCACUGUGAGGCUCCAUGCAGUUCUCAUCAGCACAAUAGGUUCUUUUGUCAUUUCACUUCAUUAUCUGGUUAAAAAUAUCCGCUAAGAUACUCAUUUCAAAUCUCCGGCCUAACUGCACUCUGACUUCGACUGGUGUAUAGCACCAGAAGAACUCAACUUCUCAGUGUCUCUGUAUAGUAAUUCUCAGCACAUCUGGGCUCAUAAGGCCUGCACUCUCCAUUUACCUGAAUGUCUCUUCUGUUAGAUCUGCUGCUAUAUUUAUCAGGACUGUACAUAUUACAAUUCAUAUACCUGCCACUGGUGCUCAACAUUUCAACACAACUCUGUUGAACCAUUUUCUGUAUGUUAAAAUACCGUAUAAUUCAAGGAACUUCACAUAUCAAACAUAAGAAUCAGUUCAGUUCAACAUAUCACAAAGCUUCCCUGUAGUAGCCAACACGAAAAAAAAUUGUUUUUAGACCUCACUUAAUGUGAAAGCAGCUGAGAGAUCUAACUGACUGUUUAAUGUGGAACUGCGAUAACAGUGCUGGGCAACAGGCAGCCAUAAGGAAAAGCAACAAUGAAAACAAAUUGUCAAGGUGGUUUUCUUACUUAAUGUCUUUAGUAAACUGGUGUACAAAGUUUUAACGGUAUUAGGAUCUGAUAACGGUAAGCUCCUGUGUCAAAUAUAAGGGCUAUCGUCCGUUUAUUGUGUCUGUUGCCCACCUGAAAGGUGUGUUAGCUUUAAUAACAAUUUUGAUGAAGUGUUUUCAAGUGCAGAUCU